AGUCGUGUCGAUACUCCUCGCGCGCGACUAACUGCAAGCUUCAGUGCACGCGAGACACCCAGCAGCAAGCAAACACUCGACACACACAUGCGCGGAGGGUUCCUGCUCUGGGCCGCCGCCGCUGCCGGGUUCGGCGGCCUCCUGCCGCGCGAACGGCGGGCCCUCUCUGAAGCCGAUGCUCCGGAGGCGCCCGCGGCCUUCACUGCUGCCGCCGACGAGUGCCGCGAGCGCAUCGGCCACACGCUUGGCGAGGUUUGGAUGCAGUGCGUGGUCGACAGGCUGCUCGUGGCGAUGGGUGACCCGACGAGCACGCAUCCUCCCUUUGCGACUGUCCCACACACUUUUGAUCCGCUUGCGCCACUGCCCUCGCACGCUGGAGAGGCCGGGUACGCGUCGUCGCACCGACUCAAGGACCUGCUGCGCGACUACAGCUGUGACGCGUCGGGGCCCGGCUCGACGCCAAGCCGCCGCUUCGCUUGGACGCACACGCCGCACGACCCUUGCGCGGCAGCCGAGCGCGAAGAGGCGGGCGGCGGGGUUGGGGGCGGGGGAGGCGCGGAGGGGGCGUUCCUGUACAGGAGAGGCUUCCUGCCGGCGGGGGACAGCCUCGGCGAGCUCGACGGCGAGAUGAGCGAGGCGGAGGCGCUCUCGCUCUGCGCCUCACACGCGCGGUGCCAGGGCUUCACCUAUGCCUCCAGCGAGCGAGCUCACGGGCGUCGGCACCGCAUGAUGUUCAAGUCGGCGGCCGACGACGUGGCAGCCGCGGAGGGAUGGCACUCGCUCAAGCGCCGCGCCGCGGCCGUCGAUUGCUCGCCGCCCCCUGGCGCGUCGCGCCGCCCGCCGCCGCCCGCCGUCGAGUACAGUGUGGGGGUGCUGCGUGAAGAACCGCCAAUCUACGUGGUCGACGGGUUUGUCUCUCGGGCCGAGUGCGAGGCGAUGGUGAAUGCGACCGUUCCGAGGAUGGGCCGCUCGGUGGUCUCGGGCGGCGGCUUCUCCGCCGCGCGCCGCUCUUACUCGGUCAGCAUCCGGAGAACGACGCCCGUCACAGCGCUCGCGCGGCGUCUGUUUGCCUUUGCGCGAGAGGCGGCCGGGUACGAGACGCUGAUGGAGGGCCCGGGCCAGGAGCCGGUCAACGCUGUCUACUACAAGGACGACGGCGACCAGUACCGCGCCCACUGCGACGGAGAGUGCAACGGCGGGCCGUGGCGCGAGGGGAAGCGGAUCGCCACCGGGCUCGUCUACUGCGAGACGGCUGACCGAGGCGGCGACACCCUCUUCACGCGCGUCGGCCUCAAGGUGGUGCCCAAGCCGGGGCAGCUCCUCUUCUUUGGCUACAAGCUGCGCGACGAGGGCUCGCCGACGGGGUGGGCCGCGGCGAUGGACAACGGCGUCACCGAGCACUCGGGCUGCCCGCUGCGCGAGGGGCGCAAGUGGAUCGCCACGAUGUGGUUCCGCGAGGGCGUGAGCGCUGAGCGGCCGUGGGACUCGCUCCGCGACCUAUAGCACGUUGGUCGAAGGUGCUGCACUUAGGCUUCGUCUUACGGUAAAAAUAUCCUCCAGACUC